AUGCAUUUUGAAAUAGAACAUGGGCUGCCCAAGGCUGAUCUUAUCUAUCAUUUCGAAGCCUCCGGGUCGUUUGUGUACUUCUGGGUCCAGUCUUCUUUAGACGGCCUUCAGGUCGUCUUUGUGAGAGUUAGAUCGUCUAACCACUCGGUCGACCCAUUUAUACUUGGUGUUUUUCCGGAACCCAAUUAUGACUAUACCAAAUAUCGUGCGACUUUGAAAUCGGAUGGUGUUUUUCGUAGCAGCCCAAGGGGUUGGUUUACUUUUGGACAUGCUUCGUUUGCUUUGCUCUUCUUCUUCGGGCACAUUUGGCAUGGUGCUAGAACCUUGUUCAGAGAUGUUUUUGCUGGUAUUGACCCAGAUUUGGAUGCUCAAGUAGAGUUUGGAGCAUUCCAAAAACUUGGGGAUCCAACUACAAGAAGACAGCCAGUCUGA